CGGGCCGUCGGGGGCGCCGUCGAAGAGAGCUCCUCGACGCCGCAAACAAACGGGCGUGGCCCCGCGCGGCGUCCGACCGCCAGAGAUUGGGGGGCGCCAACUGGCUGUCCAGCCUGGCGCUCUGCACAGCGCUUGGCCUCCCGCGCUACGGCAAAGAUCGGCACAAUUCGCGAGGCGGGCAGCCUCCAGCCACCCUCAACAGGCGCGGGCAGCAAGCAGGAGCCGCCGCUCGCGGGCGCGCGGCUCGGACACACAGCAAAAGGCAGCGUGAGACCAGCCGCGCGCACACGUACCGCCGGGCAGCAGAUAAGGAUGCGCCGCGCGUUGCGCUGCCUGCUCCUCGUCAUAACGACGCACACUGCCCGCGGCGCCGUCGCCUUAAUUACUGGUGCGAACGGCGGCAUCGGCGCCGAGCUCGUCGUGCAAUUCGCCCGCGCGGGCUACGACGUCGUCGCCGCGUGCCGCAGCCGGAGCGCCCACGUCCACCAGUUAGUAUCAAAAGCGAGCGUCGCGAAUCGCGUGAAGGUCCUGCUCGGCCUCGACGUGACGAGUCCCGAGAAGGUGAACGCCUUCGUCGACGGGCUGAAGCGGCAGCGGACGGCCGUCGAUGUCCUGGUCCACGCCGCCGGCGUCGCGACCUGGCAGCUGUCUUCUGUAGUCUACCCGGGCACGACGGAGCCGAUGACCCUUGGAUCGUUGGACUAUGGCCUCGUAGCUAGAGCCUUCGAGAUCAACGCGGUCGGGCCGCUGCGCCUCACGGAAGCCUGCCUCAAGGAGGGCCUCCUCGGGACCGGCGCGAAGAUCGCCUUCGUCUCCUCGAAGCUCGGCUCCGUCGCCUCGAACACGCGACUCGGCGCGAACUACGCCUACCGCAUGAGCAAGUCGGCCCUCAACGCCGCGGGCCGCUCGCUCGCCGUGGACCUGCGGCCAAAAGGUAUGUCCGUCGUAUUGUUGCAUCCUGGGUACGUGGCGACACCCAUGACAGGUGACCGCGGCGACGUCGUCGCCACCGUGUCCGCGGCGGGCCUCUUCCGGCGCAUCGCUGCGCUGAACGCGUCGGCGUCCGGGUCAUUCAUCGACUACGAUGGAAGGCAAGUACCUUGGUAA